AUGCUGAAUCCUGGACGGGAGAAGCGGCUAACAAGAGUCCCGCAGCCCUUAUCAAUAGCAGUGGAGUCGCGAACCAUUGAAAGCGCUGAUUCAAUAGCAGUCUUCCAAUUAGACUUCAGAAAGAUUAGUGUGGUUAAGCUGGGGCCAGGGUCAGAAGUCGGUCCAUCUCCGGGGAUCAGAUCAGGCAGAGCCUCUACGCUUUCUUCCUUUGCUACAGCUACCGGGAUUUGGAAGCUUUGGGGGAGAGCAUCACAUAGGACGGGAACGAGCGGGAGAAGCAAAGUCGAUCGACCACUGACUGGAAUCCAUCCAGACAUUCAAACAAUGCCUUAUUGGUUGGCGGAGAUUGAUUCUUCCAUCAUUCACCCCAUCAUAUCAAAUCCCCAACUCCUACCGGGAGCCUUUGAGGGGCGGGCUAUACUAGGAGGGAAGGAGUAA